AUGGAGGAUUCUGGACUACUAGAGCUGAUCCAGCUGAUCUAUCCAGGGAGUACGACAGCCAACCACAUCCUGGAUGGAGGAUGUUUUGACAAGGCAAUCCGUGCUCACCUCCUAAUUGAUGCAGCCAUCUAUCAGCACAUCAUGAAACAUGCCUUCACUGAGGAGGAGCUUGGUGAAAUGAGGACCUUGAUGGAGAAGUACCUGCAGUCGCUGAGUGUGGCUGCCAACCAGCUCACAGACCUAGGCGGCCUAGUUGGACCUUCUUUAGAGACCCUCAAUCUUACAGGUAACGCUCUUAAGACAAUGAACAGCCUUCAGAUGGGCUGUUUUGGCAACCUGUGUGUCCUGCAGCCGAAGAACAUGACGAGAAACCUGAGUUGUCACAGCUUCACUUUUAAAUUGAAAAGCGACGCCACCUGCUACGCGGAUCAGCACAUCUCUCUCUUCGGCUACCAAGCAGGCGUCGAUAACCGAUGCUGUGACGAGAAAUUAAGUCCUAACUGCGGAGGUAAUGUGGGCACUGAAGGUGGCCGAUUCGCCGAGACACUGCCUUGCUGGAGAAAAUUGACCAAGAACCUGUCUCACCUGAGAACAGGACUGAGGCCAAAGAGUCAAUCAAGCACCACCUACUGCCAAAAGGAGGAAGACACAGUCAUGUUGGAGGGAAUUGAUGAGGAAGAUGGAGUGGGAGAGGAAGAGGAUGAGACGGUGACGGUUUGCAAUUUGACCCGGGAAACCAUAGGUGAGGGGCUGUCGUUACUGUGCCGAACAGCAAAUGGACUUGGGCAUGCAUUUGUCAAACUAGACUUAAAAGACAAACGACUGAAUGACAUUGCUGCAAUUAGCAGCUAUGUUCACGUUCGUUUGCUGGAUUUGUCCAAUAACCACCUCACCGCUCUAACCCCUCUGGCAUCUCUGAUGGAUCUGAUUUCCCUGAAGGUUGACAAUAAUGCUUUGGCAUGCUUGGAAGGAAGUCCUUUCAUUCAGUUAAAGUACCUGCAGUUGCUGAGUGUGGCUGCCAACCAGCUCACAGACCUAGGCGGCCUAGUUGGACCUUCUUUAGAGACCCUCAAUCUUACAGGUAACGCUCUGAAGACAAUGAACAGCCUUCAGAUGGGCUGUUUUGGCAACCUGGUAACUCUAGAGCUGAGAGGAAAUCUCCUUGAAACCACUGAUGGCAUUAACCUUCCAAACCUGAAACGAUUAUAUCUGGCCCAAAAUGAAAUCAACCGUCUGGAGGGAUUGGAGAAGUUAGAGAACCUCACCACCCUUCAUCUGAGAGAGAACCAACUGGAAUCUCUGGAUGGUCUCAGCCCCAAAAUGAAGUGUCUUCAAUACCUCAAUGUCAGAGGCAAUUCAAUCUCAGAUGAGAAUACCCUACACGGCCUUGGGCUCAUGUCAAAAACCCUGCGUACUCUGGUGCUUUCUGACAACCCACUGGUGGAAACCACAGACUACCGAACAAGUGUGCUGAUUCUUGUGCCUCAGCUGGAGCAAAUUGACAAAGAACCUGUCUCCCCCGAGGAGAGGGCUGACGCCCUGCAGACCAUCAAGGAUCUUCGAGAGGAACAGUCUAAAUGA